AUGACAACUCAACAACAUAACACACUACUGGUGACAAACAAUACUACAAGUCCACCAACAAAAAACAAACUAGCAAUAUCACAAGCUCAACAUGAAAAACCAACUAAUAACAUUACAAGCCCAACGAUGAUACUAUAUGAUGAAAAGCAAAAGCAUCAAUAG